AUGACUGGUGCCGUCAAUGGCAAGGCGCUGCUCUUAGCAGAAGCACGGGUGCGGCAGCUGAUACAGGCACGCAAGCAGCGGGAGGCGGCGUGGUUUGUCUUUACAUGGCGCAGGUCGCAUCUGCGCCUGAGCAACGCGACGUGGCCCCCGUCCAAUCGGUGGGCUGCUGAGCUGGCAGCAGCCAAUGAAAUGCCUCCACGCACGCCUUUUCAUAUUGCUGCAAAAUCGAAGUCAAUUCGAACGAGGAGUGCUCGCGGCAAGCAACGAAAAGCAAGCAAGGCGGUAAUGGGAGGUGAUGAUGUGUCAGCGGUGGGAAGUGAUGACGUGGCAGCAGAGGGAAAUGGUGACGUGGCAGCAGUGGGAGAUGAUGACAUCGUCAUUGUGUUGCUCGUGCACAACCGGCCGGCGUAUCUCAACCGCACUCUGGAUGCUCUGAGUAAAGUGGACGGCAUACAGCACGCCCUGCUUAUAGUCAGUCACGACGGCUUCUACCCGCCCAUGCACGCCCUCGUCCAAUCCAUCUCCUUCUGUCGGGUCAAGCAGCUAUACUUUCCCUUCUCGCCGCACCUCUUCAACGGGUCCUUCCCAGCAGCUUCCGCGGACGACUGCCGCGGCAAGUCAAGGCGGCCCUGGGAGACCAAAGCAGGAGGAGCUGAGCGGUGGGAGAAGUGGCAGCGUAAAUGGCCAAGACAGGUCCUGUGUGAAGAGGGCACGGCGAAAGGAGGGGCUGGUGGGCUGGGGCUCGGGCACGGUGUGAGGGACGGUGUGAGCGAGGAGGAGAGGUUGGGGGAGGAGGAGAGGGUGGGGGAGCGGAUGUCCUGCUGGGGCCAAGCGGAUGAAUUCGGAUCGUACCGUGAACCAAGAAUUGUCUCCCUUAAGGUGCGCCUGUCGUGCUAUCCCCUUACAAGCAUCCCAUCUACCUCCCCUUCCCUGUAUCCCCCCUUCUCUCGUCCUCGCGUUUCGCUUCUGCUCCACCUCUCGCCGCCCAUUGACCCCCGCGCAGCACCACUGGUGGUGGGUGCAGAACACGGUGUGGGACGGCCUGUCAGAGACCAAGGCAUUCAACGGCCAGAUGCUCUUUAUAGAGGAGGACCACUGGCUCUUGCGCAACAUCUCUAUUCCCUCCCACCAACCAACCCCUUAUGCCUCCCCCCCUUCUCCCCUCGUCGUCCAAUCUUCCCCUCCUGCCUUUGCCUCCCACACAAACCCCCUCCCUCGCAGCACCACUGGUGGUGGGUGCAGAACACGGUGUGGAACGGCCUGCCAGAGACCAAGGCAUUCAACGGCCACAUGCUCUUUAUAGAGGAGGACCACUGGCUCUUGCGCAACAUCUCUAUUCCCUCCCACCAACCAACCCCUUAUGCCUCCCCCCCUUCUCCCCUCGUCGUCCAAUCUUCCCCUCCUGCCUUUGCCUCCCACACAAACCCCCUCCCUCGCAGCACCACUGGUGGUGGGUGCAGAACACGGUCACCACUGGUGGUGGGUGCAGAACACGGUGUGGAACGGCCUCCCAGAGACCAAGGCAUUCAACGGCCAGAUGCUCUUUAUAGAGGAGGACCACUGGCUCUUGCGCAACAUCUCUAUUCCCUCCCACCAACCAACCCCUUAUGCCUCCCCCCCUUCUCCCCUCGUCGUCCAAUCUUCCCCUCCUGCCUUUGCCUCCCACACAAACCCCCUCCCUCGCAGCACCACUGGUGGUGGGUGCAGAACACGGUGUGGAACGGCCUCCCAGAGACCAAGGCAUUCAACGGCCAGAUGCUCUUUAUAGAGGAGGACCACUGGCUCUUGCGCAACAUCUCUAUUCCCUCCCACCAACCAACCCCUUAUGCCUCCCCCCCUUCUCCCCUCGUCGUCCAAUCUUCCCCUCCUGCCUUUGCCUCCCACACAAACCCCCUCCCUCGCAGCACCACUGGUGCACCACUGGUGGUGGGUGCAGAACACGGUGUGGAACGGCCUCCCAGAGACCAAGGCAUUCAACGGCCAGAUGCUCUUUAUAGAGGAGGACCACUGGCUCUUGCGCAACAUCUCUAUUCCCUCCCACCAACCAACCCCUUAUGCCUCCCCCCCUUCUCCCCUCGUCGUCCAAUCUUCCCCUCCUGCCUUUGCCUCCCACACAAACCCCCUCCCUCGCAGCACCACUGGUGGUGGGUGCAGAACACGGUGUGGAACGGCCUCCCAGAGACCAAGGCAUUCAACGGCCACACGCUCUUUAUAGAGGAGGACCACUGGCUCUUGCCCAACGCACUUAGCCACCUCCGUUCUUUGCUAAGCGCCAAGCGCCGCGGGCGCUGCAACGAGUGCAUCGCUGUGAGCCUUGCCCCUGCUGAUGUGGGGGUGGUGGAGGAUGAGGAGGAGGGUGCGGUGGAGAGGAGGGGAGUGAAGACUGCAGUGCAAGCACAGCGGGAGGUGGAGGAUCGGCAAAGGGGCGUGGCUGGAGCGAGGGGAUUGAGGCUGUCGGUCAGAAGAUUCGAGGGGAAUGGGGUGGAGAAGGGUGGAGUUUUGAGGGGGAUUGGGCACUUCACGGCGGAGAGGAUGGGCAACGUGGGGUACAGCUUCAACCGGAGCUUGUGGGAGAUGAUGCAUGGCCUGGCAGAGGUACGCUGGUGGGGCAUGCGGUAUGGUGGUGGGUUUAUGGUGGUGUGGUAUGUUGUUCCUCAGGUGGGGUAUGUUGUUCCUCAGGUGGGGUAUGUUGUUCCUCAGGUGAGGUAUGUUGUUCCUCAGGUGGGGUAUGUUGUUCCUCAGGUGGGGUAUGUUGUUCCUCAGGUGGGGUAUGUUGUUCCUCAGGUGGGGUAUGUUGUUCCUCAGGUGUGGUAUGUUGUUCCUCAGGUGGGGUAUGACCCCGGGGUAUGGGAUGGGCAACGUGGGAAGAGCUAG